AUGACUAAAAACGAGUAUACGUAUGAAAUUAUCGACAAUGAAACAGAUGCACGUUAUUGUGCACAACUUAUUGCUGAAGAAUUUUCUGCACACAAUCCUAUAACAUAUUUCGAACAAAUAACACCAACAUAUUUUUUUCAUGAAUCUUCAUGGCCAUUAAUGAAAGAUAUGUUUCCUGAACAUUUAUCAUUUCUUGUACGAUAUCGUUCUACAGGUGAAAUUAUUGGAGCUUUAAUUGCCGGUGAUUUAUAUUUACAACAUGAAAAACAACAAUUAAAUGAUAUUUCAAAUAUGUUACAUAGUAUUCCUAUUGAUAAUUUACUUGAAGAAAUGGAUAAUUUAUUUGUAUCACGUGAUUUUAGACAAGAAUUAAAAUCUAAUAUGGUUUUACAUAUACAAAUGUUAGCAAUUCGUAUACAACAUUCAGGUGAAGGUAUAGGAAAUCAAAUGAUCAAAGCAGUAUGUGAUAAUGCACGUAAUAAAAAAGGAUUUCAAUAUGUACUUGCUCAAGUAACAAAUGAUGCUACACGACAUAUAUUUUUAAAUAAAAUGGGCGGAAAAGAAGUAACAAUUAUUGAUCCAACAACAUGGAUUUGGAAAAAAAAAGAUGAUGAAUUCAUAUGUCCAUAUAAAGAUUAUAAAGGUGGUUUAAUACCAAAUAUUCUUAUUAAAUUAUAA